GCAGUAUUCCCUGAUUGGCUCUGCAUUGGAGGCAGUGAUUUUGGGGCAGAGAAUUUUGCAACACGUGGUAGUGAACUGUGAGGAGUUUGAGGGGUCUGAAGACUAAAAGAAUCGAAUGGUUUGUUGGCAGGACCUAGAAGAAUCCCUUAGGAUGAAGCUGAGUCUUACUAAGAUAGUUAAUGGCUGUCGCCUAGGAAAAAUAAAAAACCUGGGCAAAACAAGGGACCACACCAUGGAUAUUCCAGGCUGCCUUCUGUACACCAAGACUGGCUCCGCCCCACACCUCACCCAUCACACGCUGCAUAAUAUCCACGGGGUUCCUGCCAUGGCUCAGCUUACGCUGUCAUCCCUAGCAGAACAUCAUGAAGUCUUGACAGAAUAUAAAGAAGGAGUUGGAAAGUUUAUAGGCAUGCCAGAAUCACUCUUGUACUGCUCCCUGCACGAUCCAGUCAGCCCCUGCCCAGCUGGUUAUGUAACAAGCAAGUCUGUGUCUGUGUGGAGUGUUGCUGGACGAGUGGAAAUGACUGUUUCCAAGUUCAUGGCAAUUCAGCAGGCCCUUCAGCCAGACUGGUUCCAGUGCCUCUCCGAUGGAGAAGUAUCUUGUAAGGAAGCAACUUCCAUAAAAAGGGUCAGAAAGUCUGUUGACCGAUCACUUCUUUUCUUGGAUAACUGUCUGCGGCUGCAGGAAGAGUCAGAGGUUCUUCAGAAGAGUGUGAUCAUUGGAGUGAUUGAAGGUGGAGAUGUGAUGGAAGAGAGGCUGAGGUCAGCACGAGAGACAGCCAAGCGGCCCGUGGGUGGCUUCCUUCUGGAUGGUUUUCAAGGAAAUCCAACAACCCUGGAGACUAGACUAUGCUUGCUGUCAUCAGUCACUGCAGAGCUACCGGAGGACAAGCCAAGGCUCAUAUCUGGUGUUAGUCGGCCAGAUGAGGUGCUCGAGUGUAUUGAAAGAGGAGUAGACUUAUUUGAGAGUUUUUUCCCUUAUCAAGUAACAGAGCGGGGAUGUGCCCUGACUUUCAGGUUUGAUUACCAGCCGAAUCCUGAAGAGACACAAAUAGGGUCUCACUCUGUUAUCCAGGCUGGAGUGCAGUGGUGUGAUUAUGGCUCACUGCAACCUCAAACUCCUGAAAAAAGAACAUUCAAAGUGAAUUAUGAUGAAAAUUAUAAGAAAACCUUUGAACUGCUUGUACUACAACAAAAUGGAACACAAGAAGAAAUAAAAUGUAUGGAUCAAAUAAAGAAAAUUGAAACAACUGGUUGCAACCAAGAAAUAACAUCAUUUGAAAUUAAUCUGAAGGAAAAAAAGUACCAGGAGGACUUUAACCCGCUGGUGAGAGGAUGUUCCUGUUACUGCUGUAAGAAUCACACUCGGGCAUACAUCCACCAUCUGCUGGUGACCAAUGAGCUGCUGGCCGGAGUCCUGCUUAUGAUGCACAACUUUGAACACUACUUUGGGUUUUUCCAUUCCAUCCGGGAAGCACUAAAAAGUGACAAACUGGCACAGUUGAAAGAGCUCAUCCACAGGCAAGCAUCUUGAGAUCUUGCAAAUACAAGUCUUACUCCACACUGAGCCUGUACCACUGUUGUAACAUGGGAAGACGUGAAGAAGAAAUAAUCUGAGCUUUAAUUAUUUAUAUUUGGACAUAAGGUCUGCUAAAAUGAAGAAUAUCUGUACCAAACUGCUCACAUGAGGGUGAAGAGAUUUCUUCAAAAGACUUAAAUGACCUGGAUUGAUCGGAGAGAAUUGAACUGUGACCUUUAAAACUUCUAGACUAAUUCUUUUAGUUGAUAGAGAUUCAUUUAGUCAAAGACAAAAGCUUUAACUGUGAGGGCACAACAUUGAAGUGGGAGUGAUUAGAUUCUGAGGGACCAGUGAAUUGGAUUGAGGCUUGAGGGGAAAUGGUGUGAGACGCAUGGCCUCUGGACAUAUGCCUGUUGAUUUGAGAAGAAAUCUGGCUGGUUUGAGGGUUUCCUUUAGUUCACCCUCAUACUCUCAGGAGACUCUUUUGGAUACUUUUGUCUUCCACCCUGCCCUGGCAAUGCAGCCAAUCAGAAAUGGCUCUUGUGACUUAACCGGGCUUGGAUGUCUCUGGAAUGUGGAGCUUGAACAUUGCUUCUGUGAUCAUCUGUCCCAGGUCACACUCCUUCAUUUGACCACAUGGCCUAUUUGCAACUUCUUUUUACAGCCAAUGUAAUUGCCUGUUGGAGCCAAAAGUUUGCCCAGCUGCUUUCAUCUGGUUGUACAGAUCCAUUGUGGUCUGCCUUCCAGGCUCAUUAGUAGUCUACGUAAUAACUGAAGCCUUAUCUCUUGUGAAGAUUCAUUCUCAAUGUGUUCACUUGGACAGAGCCCUGCCUGGCCUAACAAUUAGAGGAUUAGUCUCCAUCCUGCUCAGAUAUGACUCCUGGGCAAUUCACUUAACUUCUCCAUGGCUGUUUCCUGCUGAAUAAAUAGGGACAGGUAUAAUGGAUAGGAAUGAAUGAACUUUUAAGAUACUGUCUAGCUCUAAAAUUUGAAGAACAAAAAGUUUUAGAUUAGAAUCAUAGCCUUAAUAGCCCUAAUUGUCAUCCUGGGAGACAGGCAACAGUAGAGAUAUUUGAGAGCCUAAAGAGAGGUUUGGCCUGUGGGUUUUUAAAUGGUUAUUGAAUUGGUAUCAGGAGAUCCUGAGGCUAGUAGGGGAAGGUAAUUCUUUCUAAGUUAUCUCUAUGUUUUUCAAGUUUUCUGUAAGGAACACACAUACACCCACAUGCACACACCAUAGUUUUUAUACAGACAGCAAUAACAAAACCAAAAAGAUGCCCCUUUUUUUGUAGGGGUAAGAAAUACAUUUGUUUUAUACUUCUAUGCUAUAUUUUGCUGUUCAAAAUUUAGUGGGCAUUACUUAAUAUUGUUUCUCAUUAUUUUGUGGCUGCUGUAUGUUUUAUGUGUUGGGAGCCCACUGUAUUAGGCCAUUCUUGUAUUGCUAUAAAGAAAUACCUGAGACUGGGUAAUUUGUAAAGAAAAGAGGUUUAAUUGGCUCAUGGCUUUGCAGGCUUUACAGGAAGCAUGGUACUGGCAUCUGCUUGGUUUCUGGGGAGGCCUCAGGAAGCUUACAAUCAUGGCAGAAGGUGAAGGGGGAGCAGGCACAUCACAUGACAAAAGCAGGAGCAAGACUCAGAGCAAGGAGUCACUUAUCACCAUGGGGAUGGCCCAAGCCAUUCAUGAGGGAUCCACCUUUGUGUUCCAAACACCUCCCACCAGGCCCCACCUCCAGCACUGGGGAUUACUUUUCAACUUGAGAUUUGGGUGGGGACAAAUAGUCAAAUUAUAUUACCCAUCUAUAUGGUUUUCUUUUUCUUAGUAUGGGAAUGUCCAUGAAUAAAUUCAUGGGCAUCCUCAUAACUCUUCUAUGAAUGGCAAGGGGUACUUACGGAAAACAGUUUUCCAAGGAUCUGAUUGUUUUGAAAUGUGUUGGAUUGGACUUGUUCAAAUGUUCAUAUUUUUGUUCAAUGCUAAAUGCAUCGUUAGUGGAGUAGUGGUAAAUAUUCCAGAAUCCAUAUGAAAUUCAUGAGUUUAUUUAUGUCUAAAACAUUGAAAACUGUGUCCAAUAUUGUUCAGUUUCCUGGGUCUUUUUCUUAUUAGUGCAUUUGAGAAAAAUAUUCCUUUCCUUUAUUGUAGUAAAUCUAUUAAAGGCAAUAGCCAAUAAAACAUUUUUAAUUUAAAAAA